UAUGUAAAGUGGCUGACAUCCAGACAUUUGGGUAUGAAAAAGCACUUGGUCCUUUGUUGAGAGACCUCCGUACCCUUGAACAAGAUGGGAUAUUCAUUGAGUCUAUUGGUAAGGUAGUUCAAGGAACAGUCAUGUGUGUGGUGUGUGACAAUCUUGCAGCCCAUGAGUUGGCAGGCUUUUCAAAGUCUUUUAGAGCAGAACACUUUUGCAGGUUCUGCAAUGCAACACAAGUUAAACUUCAGACUCAUGAAGUUGCAAGCGGCGAGUUCAGUCUUAGGACAAAAGACAGCCAUAAUAGUGAUGUGCAUGCCGUAAUGCAUGGGGUCAGUCGGAGUCAAAAUGGUGUUCAGGCAGAUUGUGUCCUGAGACAGCAACUAGAGCAUUUUCAUACUGUCACUGGCUUUCCACCUGAUGCCCUCCAUGAUCUUUUGGAGGGCAUUGUGCCCACAGAGCUCGCCCUGUGUAUUGGAGAGAUGAUCCGUCGCAAAUACUUCACCCUUGAAUAUUUGAAUGACAGAAUUCUGUCAUUUCCCUACCAAGGAACAGACAAGCUUGAGAAACCUCAUAAAAUACCACAGAGCUUUGCUUUAAAGAAAAGCAUUGGUGGUAAUGGCCAUGAAAAUGCCACAUUGCUUAGACUGCUCCCUUUGAUUAUUGGAAAUGCUGUUCCUGAAGAGGAUGGGAUAUGGACUGUGCUAAUGGACUUAAAAGAGGUAGUAGAGUUAUCACUGUCCUCAGAAUUCACAGAGGAGUCCAUCCAGUAUUUACAGUCGAAGAUCCAAGAUCAUAGACAGAUGCUGAAAGAAGCCUUUCCAGAUUUCAAACUCCGUCCUAAGCAUCACUACAUUGAACACUAUCCUGACCUUAUACGUCUUUUUGGGCCCCUUGUACACUUGUGGACAAUGAGGUUUGAGGGAAAACACAGUUUUUUCAAGAGAGUUGUACACGAUACACAAAACUUUAAAAAUGUGUUAAAAACACUCGCCGACAGGCAUCAGUACCUGGUAGCAUUUCAUCUCAGUGCCUCAGGAUUCUUCAGACCUCACCAGCAAGCAUCAAAUGUCUCCUCUGUACUGGUAUCAAUGCUUCCAGAUGUUGCAAAGACGUAUGUUAAACAAAUAACAGCAAGCAAUGUUAUUUACAGCACAUCAAAGAUCUGUAUUGAUGGAACUGAUUAUAAUGUAGGAAUGUUUUUGUCUGUUGGACAAGAGGGAGGACUGCCUAAGUUCUGUAGAAUUGAACAGGUUCUCCUGGUUAAUAGUAGUGUUGUCUUUCUUUGCCAAAGGCACAUAUCGCACUACAUUGAACACCUGAGAUCUUACAAACUUUUCCCAAAUAAUCUGGCUGUUCACACCCCAUCAGAGCUAAAUGACAAAACACCUCUCUGUGCUUACAACGUAGAUGGAAGAUUGCUCUUGACACCAAAACGUUUCAUAUUAUUACAGUGAAGAUUUGUUGAAGCAGGUUAACAGCUGACUUCAACAUUCUCUUGGAGCUGUCCUGAGCAGUGGGUCCAUGAAUAAACUGCCUCACUCCAGCAGGUGUCCUUCCAUACUUCCCAUUGUUCAAGAACUAAAAGAUGGCUGCUGCCCAGAAGCAUGUGCUGCGUGUGUAUGUUGAACGAGACACCGCCCUGAAACUUACUCUACUUGAGCGACCAAAGUCAGUGGAGGAGCUGAAAGAAAUAAUUCAAGAGAGGUUCAAGCCAAGACUGGAUGGGGACUUUAGCCUUCACUAUGAGGAUCCGGACUUUGAUGGUGAUCUUUGUCUCCUUGUGGACAUCCAGGAGUUACCAGAGAAGGGUACAUUAAGAGUUGUCAGACCUGAAAGCGACACCUUCUCUACUGCAUCUUCUGACACAGACAUACUCCCACAUGUACCUGCGAUACAGCGCCAGAAGAGUUGGCCUGAUGAAUUUGUUGUUCCUAGUUUUGGUUAUGAAAUGGAUCAUAUACUAGAAGAAGGAAAUCGAGUUUAUGAAGAAUCAGGAAAAUUGCUGAAGUUAAAGAGAUCACAGAAGAGUGAAAUCCUUAAAAAAAUGGCAGAAACAAUCUACAGUUUUAAAGCAUACGCACAUGACAAGGAAUUGGCAAUGACUGCUCAAGCUUUGAUUAGAGCUCAUCCAUGUCUCAGAAUGACAGCUGGUGAAGACGGGGCGUUGGGAUGGAAACGCCACAUGGGGUACAAGCUUGCAUCUUACCGUAACAAUCUGGCCAAAGCUGGGGUUGCAGAAGUAGCCAUCAACACAGGGAGGCGGAGCCGAAACAACCCCAACAAUGAUCACCCCCAUCAAAACAUAAAGAAAGCUCGAAAAGCUGAGGUCAACUACAUCACCAACCUACCGAAGGAUCAAACCCCAGCCUCUCUGGAAAAAAUGAGAGAACAGAUCAUGCAUGAAGUCGAAAAGACUGAGAGAAACUACUUAGUCAUAGGCAAGCUCAUGGACACAACCUAUGCCCUACGUCGCCAAGAAAUUGUUGGAGCUGUUGUAGCUCCACGAGUGAGAGACGUCGUGGACAGAUGGCCAGCCCUACUUAUGGAGUCACAGAUGGUUGCAGAGUUCCACCGAAUCAACAAUGUUAACCUGCGCACUCAAUUCUACAAGGAGCUGGACAGACACACGCCUAGACUCAUCACUUUGUUCCGAGACAAGGCCAUCAAGACUGGCAAGAUUGCAGAGGAGCUAGCAAAGCUCAUGAGAAUUUAUGACAUUCGGGAACAGCAUGAUGUAAAUACAAGACGGGCCCUCGUCCUUCGUGCACUUCCUGUGUACCUGCGUGAAGAUGCCUCCACGUUAUUCAGGACUUGUGAUUCAGCAGAUGGUCCAGACCUCACUGACACUCCUGUGGCUCUGCUGACAGUUGUCACGGAUGACACUACUGAUUCGGCCCUCUUCAGUCCCGAAAGCAUCUGCAUUGUCGUUGAGGAUGAAAUACUUGUGAAUGGUCCCACAAAUCUGGCUGACUCAUUUCUCCUGCUCUUUGGGUACAUCUAUGCACUAGACCUACAAUACCCAAAGAAACUUGAGCUUACAUUCACAUUUAUCCAGAAGGUUGUGAUGUGCCUUGAGGACAACAAACCACUGAAAGGGCGUCUACUGACGCUGAAGAAUGAUUUGUUCAAUGAGUGAAUCACUCAGAAUGGACUACUUGUUGAGCUGAGUAUUGAGGAAGCUUUUUUGUUUGUUUGUUUUUUUUCCUAAUCAUUUGGCUUUUCUACUUCAAAUUUAAAGUGAAUGACUGCUCAUUUUGUGGAAUAUUCAUGUUUAACGUUGUGUUGCCUAAUACCUUAAUGCACUACCUGACGUUUGUUCCCAGUUAUGUACAGUUGUAUAAACCAGUACAAAUCUGGAUUCCUCAUUUCUCCUGCUUUUUGGGUAGUUCUGUGCAGUAGACCUACAAUACGCAGACUCUCGAGCUUUUAUUCACAUGUAUCCAGAAGGUUGUGAUGUGCCUUGAAUACAACAAACCACUGUUAGGUCGCUUACUGAUGCAGAAGAAUUUGUUCAAGUGAAUCACUCGGAAUAGACAACUCGUUAAGCUAAGUAUUGAAGGUUUUUCUUGUUUUGUUUUGUUUUAUUUUUAACCAUUUUUUACCAUUUGCCUCUUCUACCUCACAUUUAAGAUGAAAGACUGUUCAGUUCAUGCACUAUUCAUGUUUAAUGUUCUGUUGCCCAAUACCUUAAUGCACUGCCUUGAUGUUUGUUCCCUAUAAGUACAGCAGUGGAAACCAGUACGGUUUUUUAUGUAUUUUUAAAAAAGAAAGUGAGCUGCAGCUGUCAAGGUACAGUAAGUGUUAAAUGCCUCAAUGUUCUAAUAGCUGCAAUUGCUGUUAAUACUGAAAAUGUUGAAUUUUAGACUUGAGAUGGAGACCCUUGGAGUCUUUUUCUCUUGUUUUAUUUAUGAAGCACUUUUUUAUGAGUGAGCUCUGUUGUUUGUGCCUUUUUAAAAGCACAUUGUGUUUAAUAAAAAGUUAAAUUGUUAGUGUUGUUACUUUCAUGUUUUCUAACACUUUUAGCUGAUUAUAAUUUACUGGGCAAACAGUUUAGA